GAAAUUGAAGAGGGGGCACAUUAUAUAUAGAAGAAAACAAAGAAUGGAAGAGUCCUCUUGGAGUAGGUCUUUGAUCUCUCAUUGACACUCUUCUCCACAUAAAGGGGCAGCUGCAGCAGCAGUAUUUGCUUCCAUCUCUGCCCCUUUUAUCCCUUUCCCUUUAAGCUUCUCCACCCGCCAUUCUCAUCAAAAAGGGGUGAGUGUAUAUGAUGGGAGAAAGAAUCUUACCGGGAAGUUUCUUCCAGUACCCACCUUCUGGACUCCAUGCUUCUCCUCACAGGCCUUCGCUUCCUUCAGAUCGUGAAAGGUAUUUAGCUGAAUUAUUGGCUGAGAAACAGAAGUUGGGACCUUUUGUGCAAAUUCUGCCACUAUGCACCCGGCUUCUUAAUCAAGAGAUUAAAAGGGUCUCAGGUCUUAAUCCCGGUUUUGCGGAUCAUGAUAGAUUUGAGCAUGAUAGUCCUUUAAGGUCGUUGGUUCAACAUCCUAAUGGGAGACAGAUGGAUAUGGAGGGAUGGUCUGCAAUGCAAACAGAGGAAAACAAGCUUAUACAACGAGUUGCUUCAAUUCAAGAUGCAUCGAUGGGUUGGCCUGGUUUGCGGGGAGUCCCUACAACACCAAUUGUAAAGAGGGUUGUUAGACUUGAUGUACCCGUGGAUAAAUAUCCAAAUUAUAACUUUGUUGGCCGAAUUUUGGGACCACGUGGGAAUUCCCUGAAGAGAGUUGAAGCUGUGACAGAGUGUAGGGUGUACAUAAGAGGCAAGGGUUCUGUCAAGGAUUCGGUAAAGGAAGAGAAACUGAAAGAUAAACCGGGAUAUGAACAUCUUAACGAGCCGCUGCACGUGUUGUUGGAGGCUGAAUUUCCCGAGGAUGCGAUAAACUCUCGUUUGGACUAUGCUAUUGGAAUACUAGAAAAUCUUCUGAAGCCUGUGGAUGAAUCCUUGGAUGACUACAAGAAACAACAGCUUAGGGAGUUGGCUUUACUAAAUGGUACAUUACGGGAAGAGAGUCCGAGAAUGAGCCCAAGUAUGUCACCCUUUAACAGUACCGGGAUGAAACGGGCCAAGACAGGAAGAUGACCUUACCGAUGAUACAUCUUAUUAAUUGAAAUCAUGAUGGCUUUGUGGUGGUUUGAUCAGGAACUUAGGGAUGUUGAAUUAGGAAGAUCUAGUCAAACUCCUGUCAGUUUUGCACGGCGAUGGAGACCAUCGGCGGUCUCUUUCUCCAUUGAUCCUGUCUUCCAACUUCUCAUCCUCUCCAUAGAGUUGACAACUCUUCUUGAUUAUACUAUGAAUAACCUCUCCCAUAGUUUAUUUUUGCCAUGUUCUUUCCGCUUCCGCGUCUCGUAACCUCUAAUUUACUCGAAUAUCCUUUGCACUGACAAUUUUCAUGCAUAUUUCUACGUAUGCAUGCCUUUUAAUAUAAGAUACUAUCAGUCAUUGUAUUGUAUUUUGAUUUGAUAAUAAGUAAUAUUCUCUCUAUUGUGUUUAUUU